AUGACACUCGCUGAUAGACGACGCACAUUUGUAAGUGCCCUAAAAGAUAAUGGCUUUUUUCAAGAAAGAAAACACUCUCGCAUCUCUCUUAGCUCUGAAAUAAGGGAAGAUUCACCUUGCUUCGCCUUUGGUCACUUCUCCUCCGGCGACGUCAGGCAUUCCUCGUUACAAAUCGACCAACGAUAUCGUGAUGAAGCUUGGCUACCAAGCUGUGACCUUACACUGAGGAUUAAUCGAUGUUGGUGGUUUGGUCGCACGCCUUCUUCACUGUGGGAUAGAGAUCCUCUCCCAUUGUUUUUGCUAAGGUACAUUUCAUUGAUUUCUCGAUCAUAUGUCUACUUCAAUAUCUCACACCUCUGUGUCUCCGUGUUUGCAAUUGCAGUGAGCCUCUCGAAAUUCAAAGGCAAGCCUCUUGUGGUCUAUUUCUACCCUGCUGAUGAAACCCUUAUUUGCGCUAAACAGGCAUGUGCAUUUAGAGACUCUUAUGAAAAAUUCAAGAAAGCAGGAGCCCAGGUUAUCGGGAUUAGUACUAAUCCAGGAGGUGGGCAUCAACAUGUUGUUGAAGGGGGACUUCCUGACAUGGACGCAAAUGGUCCUGCUGGUAACUUGGAUUUUCUUCGUAACAGUCCACAGUGUUCCAAUUUCAAGCACUUCAAGCCAUGGUGCAGGCUAAUCCCCAAAUCUUGCAGGGGAAAGAAGUGGGUUUUGUUAGGUUUAAAAGGUCACUUAACUCAUUUGUCACUUAGCCCUAAAAGAAGCAUACAGAACACGUCCUUUUGUCCCAAGCAAAACAAGAACAAAGAAGAUUACUUGGUUCCAAAGGACCUACUUUAA